AUGGACGACGCCGGUAGCUUUCAACUCGCCUCUAAUUUCACCCAGCUAGUUGCCGGAACCUCACCCCCAGAAAUCGAAUCCGACUCGACUCAGUUCAUUCUUGCCGCGGCAGCUGUCUCCCUCACCAUGGCAUCCCUCAAAGAGCCUGCGCGCGUUGCCGAUAUCAUGCUUGCGUGGCUCGGCCUUGAGCUCGUGUCCCUCAUCGAGCUCCAAAGUCUGUGGGCAGGUUACGGUCAGAUCUGCGCUAUCAGAGCUCGCCCGUCUCACGAAAUGAACGGCUUGUUUAAUGCGAAUGCCAUCUCACCGAAACUGCGACCAGACCCCCAGGGUUCAUACCACCUCAUCCUCAAGCUUAUCUCACCGCCUGUCGGAAAGACUGGAGACGAGGGGCACCUGCGAAAGAUGCUCAGCUACGAAGUUGAGCAGUACUUCUACUCGGAGAUCGCCCCGCGCCUUGGGGAAGACGUUUCUGUAGCCCAAUGUCUGGCAUCUACCCGAGAUCUGAGUGGGAAACCUCGCGCGGAGGAGCUUCAAGCCAUGACGGCAACCAUCAUCACCGAUCUUCGUCCUGGCUUCCCCGUUGCCGGAGAGAAAAGGCUAGUCCUUAAUCGCCUACAGGUGAAGGCAUCCCUAGACUGGCUCGCGAAAUACCACGGAAGCUCAUGGUCGUCCCUGCCAGACGACCUCGACAAGUUUCUUCUGCCCCCGCUGGAAGAGCAGAAGCGCAGAGAAGCUGGGAAGGCACCAAGUGACCCCAAGCUGUGGCUCAAUGGAGGAUACACCUACCUCGCCACAAGACGGAAGGAAUACGGUUCGCUCUGCCGCGAUGACUACUCGGAAUGGUCUUCAGCCUUCUGCGAUCCCGUCGACGGCUUCAACAAGUCUAUUGCAGAGUUAGUGGCGGACUUUCUCACACCAUCAGGAAGAUCUUUCGAGACCUACAUCCACGGCGAUGUCAAAUCCGAGAACCUCUUUACAAAUCAUGCAGGCGACAAGGUUGCCUUUUUCGACUUUCAGUACGCUGGGUUGGGAGUCGGAGCUUGUGAUCUUGCCAAGCUGUUUACAUGCUCAGUUCCUCUCGAGAUGCUCACUCAUCACGAGGAUAUCCCCGACCAACUGUCAAUGGAUAAGGGUGAAAAUACUCUUUUGGAGCAGUACUUACAGACUCUACUCAAAGAGAAGCCUUCGGGCAAAGGUCCUUCUGAGUACACUUGGAGUGUGUUCGUGCGCCAUUGGGAGACCGCGCUUGUCGACUGGUGCCGUUUUCAGGCGUCUUGGGGCUUCUGGGGGAACACAGAAUGGCUAGAAGCACGAGUCAGAUCCAUCUUGGCUGACGAGGGCUGGAGACAAUGGUUAAAGAGUGAACUAGGGCAACGGUAG